UAUUGAAGCAAAUUAAAGUCUUUUGUCCUUCAACUUGUUUGUCUUUUGUCCAAUCUAUAUCCUAAUCCUCGAUUCAAUUUCCCUUUGCAUUCGUUUGUCCAGCUUUUUCUUUUUUAUGGGAAGUUGUGAUCUGACCAACUUCAUGCACAACUUCAACCUUUAUGCUUUCAGGCUUGGAAUUUUAAAGGUGCUUUAUUAAUUAAAUUGUGCGCUGGAACUUCACUUUAAUCAUCAGAAAUAAAGAGAUCGAGCUGCGUUCGAUCAAAUAUGAAUAAUACUUGUGGGUUGUUGAGCAAUUUGAGAAGUGGUAUAUGAAUCGCACUUCCCUCUGGGUUUUGAAAUGUGGAGGGAGAAUGGAGCUCUCUGAAUCCUCCUCCUCUGUUUCCCCAAAUCUGGAUUUGCAUAUCGGCAACAGCAACGAAAUCGACCAAGUUCAGCUCAAUCAUUCCGACAUAGGGUCUCAACGGUCCACCGCCGCCGACCAGCAGCUGGACAAUCACUCCGGUGGUGACGCGGCGGUUAGUCAUUCCAGUCCCGAUCCCGACGUUGUUGAUGUCGUGGAUCACGCUGUCGUUGAUGAGAUUGGGAGAUUGGAUUUGAGAGGAGACGAUGUAGCGGUGGAGGUUGCGGCAGCGGAGGUAGAGGAGAAGAAAGAGGAAGGGGGAGAGGUUGAGGCGGAGGAGAAGAGUUCUAAUGGUGGUGGUGGAGAAAUCAAUGAAAGUGAGAGACAGAGCGAGGAAGAAGAAAACAGGAGUGAGAAUGGAGGUGAGGGAGAGAAGAAGGGGGGAGAAUAUAACAGAAGGUAUCAGUACCCAGUGAGGCCUGAAGCUGAAGAGUGUUCCUUUUACCCCAAGACGGGGAAUUGCAAGUUCGGUUCCAAUCGCAGGUUUAAUCACCCUGUUAGAAGGAAAAACAACCAGCAUUUCCAGGUUUUUAAAGACAAGGUGAAGGAAAAGGAUGAGUUGUCAGAGAAGCCAAGCCAGACAGAAUGCAAGUAUUACUUAAGGCCAGGGGGAUGUAAGUAUGGGGAAGCUUGCAGAUACAACCAUGGAAAAGGGAAACCUUCGGUUGCUCCAGUUGUGGAACUUAACUUUCUGGGACUGCCAAUUCGACGGGGGAAGAGAGAGUGUCCCUACUAUAUGCGAAAUGGCUCCUGCAAGUAUGGAUCAAACUGCAGGUUUAAUCACCCUAAUCCUACUGCUGCAGGAGGAUCUGACCCUCCAUCUGGAUUUGAUAAUGGUGGACCUGCAUCAUUACAAGGUGGAUCGCAAUCAUCAUCUUGGUCUGCACCAAGAUCAUUGAAUGAGACUCCGCUUUGUAUGCCAAUGAUGAUGCCACCAUCUCAAGGGGUUCCUUCUCAAAAUACAGAAUGGAAUGGCUAUCAGUCACCAGUUUAUCUAGAAAGAAGCAUGCCUGCACGUCCACCAUAUGUUAUCAACAACUCAGGGACCAAAACCAAAGUUUAUAAACAAUAUCCACCGUCAAAUCAAGUUGAUGAAUUUCAAGAACGACCUGGACAACGUUUGUGCAGUUUCUUUUUAAGAACAGGGGACUGUAAGUUUAAAUCUAAUUGCAAAUAUCAUCAUCCAAAAAGUCAGACUGAAGUAUCCCCCUCAUUUGCACUGAGUGACAAGGGCCUGCCUUUGAGACCAUUGUUUCGACCUGCAUACGCUAUCAUGCUGACACACCUCCGUUCCGAAGCACUUGAAAAUUUUAAAAUAAGACUGGAGCGAUCAUUGGUCCAAAGAGAAGGGUUUGCUUCAUCCAUUAUUGCCCAUUCUGAAUCUUGCAUGCGUGAGUUUGACCAAGCAUGUGCAGAUGCUUCGAUAGAUGUUGCCAUAAAUUCCAAUGGGAAUGCAUAUGGCAUUGAUAAGGAAAAAGCCAAAAGGAAACUUAAGUGCGAUAUAGAAGCAUAUGCAUCAUCUCAACUUGACGAACAAUUGUCAAGAUUGAAACUGGACUGUGAGAGACAACUUUGGGAAGCUUUAAGUCUUAAUGAUCCUAUAGCGGCUCUGCUACGUGAUGGUGACGACGACAUCUGGAGGAAAAAAAGGGGACUUCUUCAUGAUGCCAUAGAACUUGUAGAUGAACGUUUUUCAAAUGAGAUUAAUGGUUAUGCGUUGGACCAAGGAAGAAGUGCCGAAAUGUUGCAAAUUUUGAGGGACUAUGCAAGAAGAGUGGCGAAGGAAAAACCCAGACAGGAGGCUAGUUGUGUUCUGACUCACAUGAUUAAUAGGUUUCUCCAAGCCUUCAAUUACGAUAGCGAUGAAAAUGCUAGAACUUGGACUGUGGGGGUUGACAUUAGAAUUAUUACCCAUAGUGCUCGCCAUGAGUCUCUUAAGAUUUUAUCUACUCUGGCUGCCAUUCGCCUGGAUAAGACGCAAGAUGAUAUUGAACGAGUUCUCUCUUCUACUUUAAUCGGUGGAGAAAUAAGUUCUACAAAUGUUCUCGACUCAGUUACUUGGGAUAUGGUUUCUUCAAAUGAUACCCUAAUUACACCACUGGAGUGCCAGUCGUUGUGGAGACAGUUCAAAGAACAAACCGAGCCUGCUAUCUUUCAAGCUUAUGCAACACAGGUUCAUAUGUUGUCUCAAUGAUAUUACGGGUUGAUCUGUUUGGUUGCUGGUAUAUGUGGCAUGGGUUGCAAGACUGGAAAAAUCUAUUUGGAUUCGAUCGACGAUUAUGGGUUGAAAAUCCUAAAGUUUCAGACAUUUAUGAAUUUUGUGAUCGGUCUUCAGUUUAAUUGUUCUACCCUCGAUUCUGGUGAUACUGAUCGGUUGGUAGAAUGUGGCGACCGGUCAUGGAGAAUGUGGAGACCGGUCAUGGAGGGAAUAAUGUGAGUUCUGGGGUAGUACUGAGGGGAACAAGAAGGUUCACCUUGCUAAUUGGGACAUAAUAUGUAGACCUAAAAGUGUUGGUGGUCUUAGUAUUAAAAAGACCUCAAUGAUGAAUCAAGCCACGCUCUCUAAAAUUGGCUGGAGGUUGAUGCAACCUAGAGAAGGACUGUGGCAGGAUAUCUUACAGAUGAAGUAUCUGAAGAAAGAUUCAUGUCGUGACCCUACUUACAAAAAUCCAUCUAGAUGUUCGAGUACUUGGAGGAGCAUCACUUUUGGUGUGGACUUAUUACUAAAGGAUUUAAUUUGGCCGGUCGACGAUGGUCAAAGAAUCUCCUUCUGGUUUGAUAAAUGGCUACAUUGUGGCCCCCUUACUGAUCAUGUUUCCCCCUACUACCAUGGAUUCACAAUUCAAGGUUAGUAAUACUUAGAACCGAGAUGGAUAGGACAUGAAUUUUCUUAAGAAUCACUUUAAUGCUGAUAUUGUUAAACCAUAUUCUCAGCAUUCCUGUUGGUUUUUUGAAUAGUGGUUUUGAUAUGAGAAUUUAAGGUGAAGCGUCAAAUGGGAAAUUUUCUGUCAAGUCAGCUUACCUUGCUCUUAUUAAGGA